GCGGUGGUGGUGCGCGCCGGGCCCACGUCUUUCGCGGUAGAUCCGAGUCGAAAAAUCCCUGAACGGCAGUCGGGAAGAAGUGAUAAAACAUGACAGCGAAUCGCGGGUCGUGAUUGGCCCGACAGCGCCCGGAGUGCUUCUUAUUGUCUCGCGUCUAGUCCUGCCGAUAGUCCUGCUCUGGCAUGUGCAGCCCGACCGUGAUCACCGCGCGCCGCAGGAUUCUACAGACAUCCACGACGAAGACGACGAACACGAUCGCAACCAGGACGACAAAGACGUAUCCUCAACGCCGCCUCCAACAGCAGACAUCCUCAUCAUCUUCAUAGACAUGAGGUCCAAGAGCAUCGCAAGGAAAAUCACUUCCCACGAAGGUAGCGAGGAUGAACUAGAGAUUCCGCGUGGUGGUAACGAGGAUAUGGAGACGAUGGUAUCGCCGAAUUCCGGGGAUUUGGCCGGAGAGAGGUUACAGCUGAAGCCGGUUGAAGCACUCUACGACACGCAUCAUAGGCCCUCCGUCGAUGAUCCCUACAAGUUCCUCACGAUUCACGCGAAGAAUAUCUUGGCGGAACACUUUUCCGGGAUCAAGAUGGCUAAUGAUUACGCUUGGUCGCGUCUCCUACCUGCUGAUCUCGAGAUCAGGGAAAACGGAGUCUUCGCCAAGUGUCCUCUUGCCAAACACAUCAAGUACGGACCCUUCCAAGGGAAAUGGGCCGGUAUUCCUCAAGACAAACGAUUCGCUUGGGAGGUGAUUGCGGGAUCAGGAGAUAGGGGUUGGUUGGACGGAUCCCUCGAGCAUCAGAAUUGGUUGAAAUUCAUCAAGUGUUCGACGACGAAGAGCUCGGCCAACAUGAGGCACUUCCUGCAGGGCGGAAAAUUGUGGUACGAAACAUGCAUGGAUAUACCAUCUGGUGCCGAAUUAAUUUUGGAACCGCGGGAACCGCUCUACCUGCAGGACAUGUUCGGGGAUUCCACCUCUGCAGACGAAAGGUCCGAUCGCGAAACCGCUUCUCAACACAGUGGUACCGUUGAAGACGAAAGAGAAGACGAGGAUGAGGAUGCGCCCAGCCUGUGUUGCGUGUGCGAUCAGCCUUACCAUAAUAUAGAUAGAUUGGACGAACACUUGGUGCUCAAGCACAACUACAGGAAGGACGAGUACCGCUGCGACUUGUGCCCGAAGGCGUACUGUUACAGACCUUGCUUGAUCAGACACAGAUCCAUCGUUCACGGGGAGCACAGGAAGUACCACUGCGAGAAUUGCACUAAGGUUUUCACCGAUCCUAGUAAUCUGCAAAGACAUAUUAAGACUCAUCAUCCGGCUGCCAGAUCGCACGCGUGUCCUGAGUGCGGUAAAGCGUUUGCGACUUCUUCGGGAUUGAAGCAACACACCCACAUCCAUUCGAGCGUCAAGCCUUUCCAGUGCGAGGUUUGCUUCAAAGCUUACACUCAAUUCUCAAACCUGUGCCGUCACAAGCGGAUGCACGCCGACUGCCGCAUGCAGAUCAAGUGCGUCAAGUGCAGCCAAACGUUCUCGACGGUCACCUCUUUGUCGAAGCACAAGAGGUUCUGCGAUUCGACCACCCCUAACAACUCGAACUUGCCCAUCCACCAAAUGCCCAUCAAUCCGAUGUCCACAAACAACAUCCACAUGUAUCGACCGGCGCCUUGUCCACCUUUGCCCUUCUUCACUCGACCCUUCUCCGCCUACCACCAAAUCUUCCACCCCAACGCACCGCAAGCGCCGUACAUGAACCCGCUCCUCUUCAAUCCACCACCGAAGCUUCCCAAAGAAGACGUGUCGCCGCCGAAGAAGCUGAGGUUAGCCAGCCCCGAGAGGAUGUCACCGAUUAAAGAUAGAAUGACCCCACCGCGCGUUCCCGCCAUUACCAAUACGAAAGUGAGUCCUCCAACGGCGGAGGAAGCGAAUUUGGCGCCGAGCCCAGCGCGUCCACCACAAAACAGCACGAUAUUCCGCGAUCCCCGGGAACAACUCAACACGAAUACCUCGGACGAGGAGGAAACCUUCCCCAAAGACCUAUCCACCGGCAAAUCUCCCGCCCACAAAUCGUGCAGCAGCGACGAGGAAACCGAAAAACCCUUGGACCUGAGCUGCUGGAAGAAGGAAGUGAAAGUCGAGGAGAAGGUCGAAGUGGUCGAGCUCAUCGAAGCCCCAGUCAAAGAGGAGGAACCUAAGCUGAUUUCACCACCACCCAUCGCCUAUCCGACACCUUACCAUCCGAUGCUCAUGUAUAGACCGAACUUGAAUUUCCAAAACAACGAGAGGGUGUUCACGCCGUCUUUCCUCCCGCCUCGGCUCAACUACCUGAACCACCUGCAGCAACGCAACAUCGACCUGCUCAGAUCACCGACCUUCAGUGGAGUGCGGCAGUACCAGGACGUGAUCAGUCAACAGAGUCAAGGCAAGGUGAAGGAUCGGUAUUCCUGCAAAUUCUGCGGUAAGGUUUUCCCCCGUUCCGCAAACCUCACGCGCCACCUCCGCACACACACCGGGGAGCAACCCUACAAGUGCAGAUACUGCGAGCGCAGCUUCUCCAUCAGCUCAAAUCUGCAGCGCCACGUGCGAAACAUACACAAUAAGGAGAAACCCUUCAAAUGCACGCGGUGCGAACGCUGCUUCGGGCAACAGACGAACCUCGACAGACACCUGAAAAAGCACGAAACGGACGAGAACGGUGGCAUCUCCGUCGCCGAUUCCCCGGGAAGCAGUAACGAGAACGAGCGUGACGAUGCCUGCUUCGAGGAGAUCAGGAACUUCAUGGGCAAAAUCACCUGCUCAUCGGAUCCCUACUCUCAAACCAGGCUCUACACGCCUCCUCACAACAACCAAAGUGGAGUGAUCGACGUCGUUGGACGCGAUGACGAUGACUCCGAGACGUACUCGGAAGGAUCGCCUCCGGAAGACUUCUCCAAGCACGCGAAGGACGAAAUCCUCAACAACAACGACCUCGAAAUUUCCACUUAAUAUAAUUAAGUCUAGUACAAAAGAAAAUCAAGUAGUUUUUAAAAAGAAUUUUUAAUCCCAAACAACCCUUCUCAAAUAAUUAUUUCACGAAGAGCGAGUUCCUACACAUCCUUAAUGAAACAUUAAGUUUAUAUAUAUGAAAAAAAACAUCCCCUAUAAUAUUUGCACAGUUUUAUGUAAGUCAACAAAAAAAAACAAACAUAUUAAGAGAGAU